AUGAAGCAAUGCAUCAUGAUACCCAAAGAGGAGAGAAAGAUACUAGUACGGGAAAAGCACAACAAGGGAGCAACAAAAAAGGAGAAGAGAAAGAUAUUCAAAGUUGCUGCACUGGGUGAUCAUGAAUUAAUAGUCUGUGAGAUAUUGAGCAGACUCCCGGCCAAGUCACUUGCAAAGUUCAAGUGUGUAUGCAAAAAUUGGCAAUCUUUGAUUCAAAGAGAUCAGCUCUUCAUUGAUUUACACUUCAACCGGUCACAGACACGCAGUUGUAGUGGUACUGUUGGUGCUACCUCCCUUCUCAUCUGGGAUACGACUGAACGUAAUGAACAACGGUGUUUGUUAUCCGCGGAAUUACUACUCCCAUAUGAUAGCAGCGGUGGAGGAGGAGGAGCAGCUGUUCAAACGGAAAUACCUCUCAAUAUAGGAGAUAAUCCCGUUUCUCGAGGAAGCAUGCUCAAUAUUGUCAAUGGUUUGAUUUGUCUUAUAGACCGCGAUUCACAUUCUACUUGUGUGUUUAACCCUAGCACCAGAGAAUCAACACCCUGGAUCAAGUCGAUGGUUGUUCAAAAACAAGAAGAGAAAGGUGGGAUUAUAAAGCAUGAUAGUAAUAAAUUUCGUAAUUUUUUGUGGGAUAAAUUCGGAUAUGAUGUUGCUACCGGGGACUACAAAGUGGUGUCGUUUUGGAGUCGGAUUGUAGGACCUACUGAGACAGAAUGGGUGUGUGAGAUCUUUAGCUUGAGAGACAAGUCAUGGCGACUCAUAGACGCCGUCCCACCAGUCCAUCCCUUCUGUCUAGCAAGUUUUGUUUAUGCAAAUGGUUCCAUAUACUGGUUUUGUGAUAGUGCUACACCAUCGAUUGUCGAAUUAAAUUUUGUUACGGAAAAGUUUAGACAAAUCUCAGUUUCCAGUCCUGUCAUGACUGGUUUCUGCAAUCAAUACAGGACUGCUUUAGUGGAAGUGGAUGGCCGUUUAGCUCUAUUUACCAAGGAUGCACGCCCUAGUUACAAUUACAUAUCGAGAAAAAAGGAGCAUGAAGAUGACGUGAAGAUGUACAUCUUGUAUGAUGAUCAAGACAAGACAAAUUAUCACUGGAUGCCGGCCAAGUCCUUCGCAGAGCCACCUUUUGAAUGGAAGCAAGAUAUGUUUGCGAGAAGGGAUUUUAUUAUACCCAUUCCAGGAACAGACGUAUUCAUCGUAAGACCGGAUGACGAUUUCUCCUUCUACUACUACAAUUGGAAGAAGAAGAGCUAUAGCAGGAAGUUUGAAUUAAAUGGAGCCAAGUCUUUCUUCAAUAAGAAACCCAAUAAUGAAGAACGUGAUCAUAUCAGCUUCUCUACUUUCGCGGAAAACCUUAUGCCGCUAAAUUAA